ACACAGGAAGGUCACACCAUCCCUCACCAUCAUCAGGGUGAAGAACUGAAAGAUAUCAAAGUUGAGGUUAAAGUUGAAAAAGAAGAGAAGUCCGGGGAUCAGCAGUCUUUGGUAGAGGGUGAGCCUCUGUAUUCCCGGGAUUCCACACAGGAGGAUCACACCAUCCCUCACCAUCAUCAGGGUGAAGAACGGAUUAAUAUAAAAGCUGAGGUUAAAGAAGAAGAAGUAGAGACGUAUGUGGGGGGUGAUCAGCCAUUCACGGAGGAGGUUGGGGUGAUUAUGAAAAGUGAACAGGAGGACAUUUCUCUACCUUGUGACACAGAUGGAUGUGAUGUGAGGAAUUCCUCGGAGAGACAUCUUCUAUUAUCUGCUGAUUGUAAGUCAGAAGAUAAUGUCAUCACACAGGAUCCUCCAGGAGGAAAUCCAAAUACACAAAAUAUACAUCACAGACCUUCCUGUCCGGAGACAUCAAUGGAUCCCUCUGAUCAGGGGGAAUCUUCUCAUCAAUCACAUACUAUGAUUGUAAAUAUCCAUGUAAGAUCUCACACUGCAGAUAGAUCAACAGAUCCUUCCAAUCCCGAGGAAUCUUCCUCACCCCAUGAAGGAGAGCACCAAAUGCACAAUCUAUUCUCAUGUUCAGAGUGCGGGAAAUCUUUCACUAAGAAAGGAACACUUACUAGACACCAGAAACUUCACACAGGUGAAUGUCUUUAUUCAUGUUCAGAGUGCGGGAAAUCUUUCACUCGGAAAGGAGCACUUGCUGAACACCAGAGAAUUCACACGCGUGAAUGUCCUUAUUCAUGUUCAGAGUGCGGGAAAUCUUUCACUCGGAAAGGAGCACUUACUGAACACCAGAGAAUUCACACGAAUGAAUUUCCUUAUUCAUGUUCAGAGUGCGGGAAAUCUUUCAGUUAUAAAGGAAAACUUAUUCGGCACCAGAGAAUUCACACGAGUGAGCGUCCUUUCCCUUGUCCAGAGUGCGGGAAAUCUUUCACUCAAAAAUCACAUCUUGUUACACACCAUAGAAUUCACACCGGUGAGCGUCCUUAUUCAUGUUCAGAGUGCGGGAAAUCUUUCACUGGCAAAGGAGAGCUUGUUAAUCAUCUUAGAAUUCAUACAGGCGAGCGUCCUUAUUCAUGUUUAGAGUGCGGGAAAUCUUUCGCUGAAAAAGGAACCCUUGUUAAACAUAAAAGAAUUCACACCAGGGAGUGUCCUUAUUCAUGUUCAGAGUGCGGGAAAUCUUUCAAUGAUAAAGGAGUCCUUGUUAAACAUCAGAGAAUUCACACAGGCGAGCGUCCUUAUUCAUGUUCAGAGUGCGGGAAAUCUUUCACUGGCAAAAGAAACCUUGUUACACAUCAGAGACUUCACACAGGUGAGCGUCCUUAUUCAUGUUCAGAGUGCGGGAAAUCUUUCACUGGCAAAGGAGACCUUGUUAAUCAUCUUAGAAUUCAUACAGGCGAGCGUCCUUAUUCAUGUUUAGAGUGCGGGAAAUCUUUCGCUAAAAAAGGAACCCUUGUUGCACAUAAAAAAAGAAUUCACCCCAGCGAGCGUCCUUAUUCAUGUUCAGAGUGCGGGAAAUCUUUCAAUGAUAAAGGAGUCCUUGUUAAACAUCAGAGAAUUCACACAGGUGAGCAUCGUUACUCAUGUUCAGAGUGCGGAAAAUCUUUCACUAAAAAAGGAAACCUUGUUCAACAUCUUAGAAUUCACACGGGUGAGCAUCCUUAUUCAUGUUCAGAGUGCGGGAAAUCUUUCACUCGAAAAGGAACUCUUGUUAAACAUCAGAGAAUUCACACAGGUGAGUGUCCAUAAUCAUGUUCAGAGUGCGGGAAAUCUUCCACUAGGGAAGGAAACCUUUUGCAACAGCAGAGAAUUGAUAUGAGUGAGCUUCCUUAUUGAUCUUGUAGAUCAGGGAUCUCCAGACUUCGGCCCUCCAGCUGUUGCAGAACUACACGUCCCAUGAGGUAUUGUAAUACUCUGACAUUCACAGACAUGACUAGGCAUGGUGGGAAUUGUAGUUCCUGAACAUCUGGAGGGUCAUAGUAUGAAGAGCUCUGUUGUAGACGAGUCAGCCUGGUGCAGGUUUAGGAGCGGGUUAAUAUUAGAGGGUGGGGACUUGUUUAUUAACCACUUCAGCCCCGGACCAUUUUGCUGGUCAAUAACCAGGCCACUUUUUGC